ACCCAUUGGAUAUGAAGCGCCUAGAAUUCAAUGUCCAAAAUGCUGUGAUCACCAUGAAAGGACAAGUCGUGGACUUGUUUGUGACAGGUUUAUCCGAUUACUUUGUGCAAAAUGCCGAUUUCAAAUUCAUCGGCAAAAAAGUCAUUGUCGAUUUCUUGUGGACCGCUAUCAAUUUCAACACCGAGUACAAUUUGUUUGAUGGUUCCGUGCUGUGCAAGUUUCCCAUUUACGGCGCUGGAAAUCUCAAAUUGAAAGUGAGCCAAUUCCAUUUUGCGACAGAAGCUAACAUUAAGAUGGAUAUGAAAGCCGAUAGGCUAUCAGUAUUGGCUCUUAACAACACUAAUAUCGAUCUUGAAAAUCUCGAGGUCAGUAUCACCGGGUUAUUCGGAGAUGACGAGCUGUCCACUCUCAUUAGUGCUGUUAUUUCUGAAAACGCUGUCUCUAUGCUGAGGGAUUUCCAAGGGGACGUAACUGCUCUAGUCAAUCAACAAAUUUAUGAAGUCGCCAACAAUUAUCUUAAGAACAUGUCGCUGAAGCAACUUUUGGAAAAGAUGAAGCAAAACAACAUAUGAAAAUACGUGUUGG